AGGUCCCACACAACACUGAAACAGACCAAUCCGGCUCGAACUCGGUCGGAGAGCCACAGACCCCAAAUUUAUUAUCCGAUCCAUUUAAGUUUUUGAUGAAUCCGGAUUAAUUUCGGAUGUCAAAAUUAUUAAUCCUACUUUUCUGUUGGGACGAGUCCGCGACACUCUGCCGGUCGUCUUCUCCACAAACUCGAUGAGCCGGCGGCGCUACCUACCGUCGAUGGGCUGACACCCAUUGCCAUUCUCCGGGCAGCGCACUUGUUCCUUUCCUCCUCCCUCAUCUCUUGCCGUCGCGCCUGUUUCGAUUCUCCGCCCGCACCUCUUCGCCUCCAGUCCUCUUGCAGGUUGAAUGGUCUAUUUUCAUAUGAAGAGAGGUUAUGCCCUCUAGUAUCUCUACCUAGGAAAGCAAGCUUAACAACCUACAAAGCCAAGACAUAUUCUUAGAGUUGAUUCUUAUUAUUCUGUUCCCAGUUUUUUACCCUUUUUAUUGAUUGCAAUUGUGGAAAAUGAGGUCUUCCACACCUACUAGUGGCCUUCCUUCAGGUGAUGGCAGUGGAGGAGGUGGGAUUGGUGGGGGAGGCAAUGGUGGCAUAGGGGGUGUUGGUGUUCGAGUUUGGCCACCAACUACAUCAGUAUCAUCCUCAGGGAAGAGGAUCCAAAAGGAGAUGCAGGAGUUGAAUGUUGACCCUCUUCUCGCAGAUUGCUCCGCUGGCCCCAAGGGAGAUAACCUGUACCACUGGGUCUCCACUAUCAUUGGCCCCCAAGGAUCGCCAUACGAAGGUGGCAUUUUUUUCCUUGACAUCAUAUUUCCACCUGAGUAUCCGUUCAAAGCUCCAAAGGUGACAUUUAAAACCCGGAUUUAUCACUGCAAUGUUGAUACUGCCGGCAAUCUAAAUCUAGACAUCCUGAAGGAUGGAUGGAGUCCAGCUUUAACAAUUUCCAAGGUUUUAAUCGCCAUCAAAUCCAUCAUCACUAAUCCUGACCCCUAUACUUCUCGCAACUCAAGUAUUGCUCAAUUAUAUUUGACAGAUCGAGCUAAGCACGACAAGAUAGCAGCCGACUGGACUAAGCGAUUUGCUCAGUAAGAAAAGUUCAGCUUUCUGUUGCAGCCGCUAAAACCGAUGUUCCAUUUGCUUGAAGAAAUAGUAGUUUGUCAUCGUACUUCAGAUUUUGAACAAUGUUCUUUGUGCCUUCAAUAGUGUUUGUUUAUCCUUCAACCUUUCAGGAUUUGUUUCUGCUUACUUAGUUAAAUCUCGUGGAGUUAUGGUUUAUUA